AUGUCUUCUCACGACGACAAUCCACCACCCCGCUCACGCAGGGACCGGCCACGAUAUGAUACCGAUGGCGGUCUCAAAUAUCCCGACGAUGCUGACGACAAGCCUGCCCCUCGUCGACCUCGGUACGAGACGUCCCCUCCACCCAUCGACCCUCGCGACGCCAGAGAUGAGAGGCCAAGCAAAUCUAAUACCACUGCACCCAGAAGAAGGAGGAGUCUCGAUGAUGAUGACGACGACGUCAUACCCCGCCAUUCAUCCCAUGGAGAAGUAUACGGUCGUUCCAAGGGCUACCGCCAACCAAUCCCGCCAGCAGAAGAGGUAGACGAACCCAAAAGCCGAUCCUCCAGACGCAGAGACUACGAUGAUGACUUCGACGCCCCUCCGCCACGCCGUGCCAACACGCAAAGAGAGCCCGACCGUUACAGGCGAGACGACCCAUAUGACAGGGAACCGCCUCGUCGACGAGGCAGUCCGGGAGACAAGUACUCCUUGGACCGCGACAGGGGCUAUCGAUCCCAUGAUGAUCGAGACAGGCGGCGGAGAGACGACGACCGCUACGACGACCGCAGGCACCGCGGAGGUGGCGGCGGCUACGCCUCAGAUCGAGACUACGGACGUUCUGACCGCGACAGGCGGGAUCGGGACAGGGACAGGGACCGUGAUUACCGUGGUGACCGUGAUAGGGAUCGUUAUGGGGAUAGGGAUAGAGACCGCCGCCGCUACGACUCGGACCGAGACCGAGACCGCCGCCGUGGUGGGGACAGAGAUCGGGACCGCUAUGACAGCCGCGAUAGAGACAGGAGGGACAAAAAGAAAGGAUUCUCCAUCGACAACGUCAACGACAUUGUGGAAUUGGGACAGAAGCACUACAAGACUGUCGCCCCAAUCAUCAGCAGUCUCAGCAAGAUGUAUUUUCACAAGAAAUGA